AUGCCAUCGAUGGUUCCGCGGAGGCUACCCCGCCACCACCGGCGAAGCCACCCCCCCACUGGCGUGGACAUCAACUUUGGGUCGUACGAGAACCCUCCCCACUUGUUCGCAUGGUCCAGAUCUCCAGAUGCUGCUUUGGAAGCCGAAAAGUCGAAUGAAACUAAACGUUGCGACCAGGUCCGACCUGCUGCGGUCCCAGCAACAGUAUUAUCUCCCGAGGUGGUCACUGAUCGAUCGAUCUUGGUGACCCCCCCAACAACAACUCCCGCGAAGGGCGUUGAAUUUGUGACCAAGCUGUCCAAUGCCACGAUCAACUUGAUCUACCAUUAUUCUCCACACCCAAAACACAAGCUACUGACGUGGCGCGUUGCGAAGAUUCCCUUCCAGCAUCGCAUCCCACGUAUUCAAGCUGCGACACAUGAGUACUGGGAAUGGCUGCAUUGGUAUUCAUCCUGGCAACUGUACUACCAGCAGCACCACGAACUAACCCACCCAUUGAAGCGAAAUCCUACGGUGGACGUGGUGGCUAAGCCAAUUCCAGUCACAACCUGUACUCGACAAAAGGACAAAGCACUUCCCCGUCGUAACUCGAUGUCAUUCUGGGUUGAUGCCGGCAAGCCACUGGCCGUGUCUGACGGUGGUCCGUCCAGAGCGAAACCCCAUGUGAAACCCCGACCGACACAGUCGACGCCAUGCUGGCAAUCCAACGCCAACUUUGAGGCUACUCGCGCCUCUUCAGUUGCAACGGAAGUAGCUGUGAUGCCGAUGGCUCAAAUGCCAAUGGCAGCAGCAGCAGCGCCAAGUGAUGGAAAGGGCACGGUGUCCCAUCAAGAUACCGACAAGGAGCUGACGUUGGAAGAAUUGGCCUGUUGA